AUGAGCUACCAAGAUGGCCAGGCCAUCCGUCGUCGACCAGGAUACUUUCAAAGGACACUCAGAGACAAUGGGUCUGAUACAGAUGCGCCAGACGCGCCCAAGGCCAACGAGGAAAACGAACCGGUCCUCCAAGCCAUAUGGCGCGUUUUGUUUGGGAUUGAUUGGAUGUAUAAUCCAUCCGCUGCACUCCGAAUAAUGCUUUCCCCUAUCGUCUUUUACAUGUUGCGGACCAGCUUCGUACCUCCUCAUCUUAAUAAACAAUACCCUUCAAUAUUUUUGCCGUCAAACAGGAUUGAGGACUCUCCUCAAGGGUUUCGACAAUACGCAAAGAGUUACUGGGACAUCGCUUUUGUGGCUUACUAUGUUGUCGUCUUCGCCUGCAUAAGGCAGACCCUGUUCAACUACAUUCUGAAACCUAUGGCGCGCCGUUACGGAAUCCGUAAAGAGAAAAAGGUCGACCGGUUUGCGGAACAAACAUACUCUAUCCUAUAUUUUUGCAUCUCAUCGCCUUUUGGUCUGUAUACAAUGUACAAAUACAUGCCAACGUGGUACUACCAAACGAAGAACUUCUGGAUCAACUAUCCACAUUGGCAAUUACCGGGCACACUCAAGUAUUACUAUCUCGUCCAAGCCGCGUACUGGACACACCAAUUUCUUGUCUUGGCUCUGAAACUCGAAAAGCCGCGAAGUGAUUACGCCCAACUGGUCGCCCACCACGUCGUCACUCUGUGGCUCAUCUUUUGGAGCUAUACCACGAAUCUUACUUUUAUCGGAAAUGCAGUGUUUAUCACCAUGGACGUAUCUGACAUCUUUUUGUCGACCUCAUUGACGUUCAACUACCUCAAGAUGCAAAAGACAAAGACCGCCUUCUUUGCAUUACUUUUUGGGGUGUGGACAUAUACUCGGCAUUACUUGAACCUGCGUAUUCUGUGGUCUAUCUGGCAUGAAUUUGAUCUCAUCCCCCGAGAGAGUCAAGUCUGGAAGCCUGAAGAAGGAUCAUGGAUGGUAUCGUGGUAA